UCCCCCUUGGAGGGUCCCCAUCAUAGGUUGUGGUAAGCACACUAGCAAUGGUUGUGGGACAAAACACAGUAAACGGAAGGUAUUGUGAAUCUGAAUUCACGUCCGGAUUUCACGAAGUCGGCGGUGACAUCGCUGGAUUUCUACCAAGGCUAGAACUGUCCCUUUCACUAGAGCAUACGUUUGGCUUCUUGAUCUGUGAUAGGCCGGUAUUGCUGUUGGGAAGAUUCGCUGGUAUGAGCUAACAUGGAAACCAAACCAUUCCUUUCUUUUGGCUUCCUCAAGAGCCAAUGCUCGGUAGCCCCACCUCCUCAGCGAUGGUGCCCGGGGGAGACAGGCGGCUCGCCCACAGCAUGCUUGUGCCAAACAGGCAUUUGCCCACUUCACCAGCACAGGAGACCCACAGCCCCCUCCGGUCAGCUGUCCUCACCAUCGCUCAGCUCACACCACGCCCAUAGGGGAAUGGGUGCUCACCCCUUGCACCCAUCUUUGCUCAUCCCGUCCUCUGUGAGCUCCUCAGGCCCUCCACACUCACCCAUCUGCACCCUGAGCUCGCCCAUCACCAGCCUGGCUUUGCCCUUUUCUGUCAGCAGCCGUCCAGCGGGACACCACUCUACCUCCUCCAGCAUGGGCUUCAGCCCGCAGCUCAGCUUCCCAGUGAUCUCCAGUAGCAGCAGCAUUAUCAGCACAGAGGACAUCAAACCCCCACUGGGCCAAAACAGAGUGCUAAAGGUUCCUGCUCAGCCCACAUGCACCUGUCUCUCCCUUAACAAACACAUCUGUGCCAUCUGUGGAGACCGCGCCUCAGGUAAACACUAUGGAGUAUAUAGCUGUGAAGGUUGCAAGGGCUUCUUCAAGAGAACAGUGAGGAAAGAGCUGACGUACACCUGUCGAGACAACAAGGACUGUCUGAUUGACAAGCGCCAACGCAACCGAUGUCAGUACUGCCGCUACCAGAAGUGUCUGGCCAUGGGCAUGAAGAGAGAAGCUGUGCAGGACGAGCGCCAGAGAGCCAAGGAGAAGAGUGAGAGUGAGGCGGACUCGUUAGGUUGUGCUAACGAGGACAUGCCUGUGGAGAGGAUAGAGGAGGCGGAGCUCGCUGUGGAGCCAAAGACCAAGACAUACAUCAAGGGGAGCCUGGGCGUGCCCACCAACUCACCCAACGACCCUGUGACCAAUAUAUGCCAGGCAACAGACAAGCAGCUCUUUACCUUGGUGGAGUGGGCCAAGAUGAUCCCCCACUUCUCAGAGCUGGCUCUGGACGACCAGGUCAUCCUCCUAAGAGCAGGGUGGAAUGAGCUCCUCAUAGCUUCUUUCUCCCAUCGCUCCAUCACUGUGAACGACAGCAUUCUGCUGGCAAACGGACUCCAAGUGCAUCGCAACAGCGCCCACAGUGCAGGGGUGGGGGCCAUCUUUGACAGAGUGCUGACUGAGCUGGUGUCUAAAAUGCGAGACAUGCAGAUGGACAGGUCUGAGUUAGGGUGCCUUCGAGCCAUCGUUCUCUUCAACCCAGACUCCAAAGGCUUGUCAAACCCAGGGGAGGUUGAGGCUCUCAGAGAAGGGGUGUAUGCUUCACUGGAGGCGUACUCUAAACACAAAUACCCUGAUCAACCAGGAAGAUUUGCCAAACUGUUACUUCGAUUGCCAGCCCUACGUUCCAUUGGCCUCAAGUUUCUGGAGCACCUGUUCUUCUUCAAACUGAUAGGGGAUACACCCGUUGACACAUUCCUCAUGGAAAUGUUGGAAGCUCCACACCAAAUGACGAAACAGCACUGCAGUUAAAGACUGUCUGUCCAAUACUUGCCUCAAAACGAAGAGAACUGGUAAUUUGCCUGAUUGACAGACUGUAAGUUUGAACACAAGAACUAGUGGACCGCAAACCUAUGGCUUUGUUUAAUGUACAGUAGGUGUAUUUAUCAUAGUUUUGUGUCAAAGAGAAAUGUCUUGAAGGCCCAGAGCCUGCAACAACUCAAAGCAUGAGACCUUUUUCACAAUGAAUGAUAAUGUCUUCUCGCUUCAGAUUCAACACUGAACAUUGUUAUAACUGAUCAAGACUCCGUGCCACAAACCAGCGACCUCAUCAUCCUCCUGCCUUAGACAGGUCUACCUCUUGUAGUCAUUCUCAUAUUCUGUGAUAAUAACAACAUGGUCCGGCCAAACUCGUUGUCUAGGAUGAUCUCCUGUUAUACAUGUAACCCCCACCUCAGUCUCUCAUAGUUGGUCUUCUCCUCCUCAAUGAGAAUGUUCUCAUGUGACUAUAUACGGCAGACAAGAGGGUAAUGCAUUUUUAACUGGAACCCCUUGACAGGGAAAAUGGUUCAGGUAACUUCAGCUCAAAACCAAGGGUAUUUUUUCUACUCCUAGCACUUAACUUUGUCAAGCAGAGAAUGGCUCCAGUCAGUAGCUCACUGUGAGGACAGAGGAGGCUGAUGGGAGGAGCUAUAGGAGGACGGGCUCAUUGUAAUGGCUGGAAUGGAAUGAAUGGAACGGUAUCAAACACAUCAACCAUAUGGAAACCUCAUGUUUGACUCCGUUCCAUUUAUUCCAUUCUAGCUAUUACAGUGAGCCCAUCCUCCUAUAGCUCAUCUCACCAGCCUCCAUUGUAUGACUAGCAUGCAACUGUAGUGGGGAGCAUCAAUAAAGGGGUCAGUCUUCACUAAUGAUAAUUCACAUAUCAACAUGUAGUGCUCAUUUCUGUAUUGCUAUGGGGUUUUAUGCUGCUGCUGUUUGCUUUGUGUCAGUAUUUCCAAAGAGUAGCAGUGGUAAACAUCUUCCAAUGUAUAGAAUGAUGCGUAGGUGUGUAGGUCAGUGUUUCCCAACACCAGUGCACGAGUACCCCCUACAGCAAACAUUUUUGUUGUAGCCCCAGACAAACUCACCUGAUUCAACUCAUUGAUGGCCUGAUGAUUAGUUGACAAGUAGAAUCACGUGUGCUUGUUUGGGGCAACAACAAUGUUUACUGGUGGGGGUACUGGAGGAAUGGAGUUGGGAAACAAUGGUGUAGGGGACUGUCUGUAAGUGACUCUCUGUAGUGUCUGAGAGAUAUAAUACACACAUAAGGUCUCUGCCGCCAACUGGUGCAUCACACAAAAGUAAUGCAACUGUCCAAGUACAUUAGGACAUGAGAAGAAAGCAGUGUUGUAAUUACUCAUUGCUAAAAUGUGUUACAAUGUUACUUACAGCAGUAACCCUAUCCAUAACUCCUAAAGCUAACCAAUCCUAUCAUACAUUAUUCAAGUGUAAUACUGGGUAAGUGCAAUACUUGUUACACUGUAAUACCAGGAAUAGUUACACUGUGAUAAGGGCACUGUAAUUUAAAUUGUAACCCACAUUUCCCAGUCCAUGCAUAACAGAAGACAGACGAGAAUAAUGAUUGAUGAGAUCAAAAGACGGCAGAGAAUUUUUAAAAAUUGUUUCAGUCAGAAGUACAAUAUUCAGGCAGAGCAGCCAGGAAUAUUUUUGGAACCUCAGAUUUAUUUGAAUUGUAUUUAUUUUAACCUUUAUUUGAUCAGGGAGUCAUACUGAGACCAAGAGCCCUGAAUAACAGAAAUGACAGAAAUACAGUUAUAACAAACAGUUAAUUUAAAAAUGAAAUAACCACCAAUAAAUGAACAAUAGCAGCAAACAUAGCCUGCAUCUCGUUCAACCACGUUUUUUGAAGCAGAUCUAUUAGUUUGUAUUUUAGCAUCAUCAAUGCUUACUGAGCCACUCAGGACUGGUGUAUUUAGGAUGAACAAUAAUCUUGUUUUGUUUUUCCUAAUUUAAAACAUGGCAACAUGUCGUUUAAAUGGGAAAUCUACAUCCAUUUUUGGUAUUUUAAAAUAAUUAUAUAUAGCCAUUUAAUAUUGAAGAAUAUAGGUUAUAAAUGUCUCAUGAGCUAAGUUCAACUGUCUUACUCCAUCAAACUGUUGUUUACUGGGAAGUAAACCAAGAACAAAUGUAGUACAUAGGGAUGUUUAAUGAUUUAUUUAUUCACUGUCUUUAUUUGACCUGUUCUGUUUAGAGAGCAUGUAUUAUUGGCUUACCUGAGCAGAAAACUCGCUGCAGACCUGGCUACAUUUACACAUGCUGCUCCAGGCCAGACCAUACUCUAGGCCAGUUAUAGCUGAUGUCACAUUUUGCAAUGCACCCAUGCACCAAUUCAACCCAAUGAACCCAUGAUGUCGAUUCCCCAAUGAUGUAUAGUUUUAAGUCAUGUGUUUGCCAUGUCUUGUACAACUUGUUCGUUUUUAUAAUGUAAUACAAAUAUGAAUGGUGUUAGCUAUAAAGGUGGCGAGGUGUGUAUACACUAUUCUGAUGGCCUUCUCUGCCUGUGCAAAUAGGAAGUUUAUCAUCAGCUUGUACUUCACUGUUACUUAUUAAAGGCCUGGAAGCUUUUCAAUAGUAAAACAUUUCUUAUGAUACUCAUUUAAACAGAGGACCCAAUUAUGUGUAGGGUACAGCCUCUGUCAGCACAGUGUCUAGGGUACACUGUUUAAAUAAGUAUCAUAAAUGUUUUACUAUUGAAAAGCUAUAUGCCAACUAUCUGUAAUAUGCUAUGUGUAUGUGUGAUGCUGAGGGCAAUAUGUAGACUGUUAUGUGACAUGCAUACCUCUAGAGGGAGACAUUGCUUUUUUGUAAAGUGGCAUUGACAAAACUAGUACAGGAGGAGCAUAGUGAAUUGGGGGGAUAUCACAGCCAAGACAGCCAAAGACGUGGCACAUUUUUAAUAAGGUAUAUCCUGCUUUUCCCAAAGCUCAAAGCACUAAUACCGCUACCCCUAAUUAUUACUGAUUGAAUGUGACAUUAAUAUUUCUGCAAAACUCCUUUUUUUUUUUUUUACUGAUCAUAAGUUACUGGUGUUGGCAGUCCAAUAAGCAGUCCUGCCAGUUCUGGUAGUCUGGAUUGAAUUUAGAGGUAAUGUUCAACAUGGCUCAGUCUCACUCAGGUUGAAGUGAUGUGUGUUGACAUGACUAAUCAUAUCCAGGGGAGUAUUUGUCUCCGUUGCCCAAAGAAAAAGGUAAUUAGUGUUAUUUUUAAGUUGAUAAGGCUGUUAUGAAAUGGUGAUUGGGGAAGAGGCAAAGCAUCUUUGCAGAACAAUGUUGUCAAAGAAACCUAACUGUGACUUUGGUCAGGUCACUUAAUAUGACUGAGAAUGUUUAGCCGGAGUACAUCUCAAAGUCAAGAAUUCUGUUUGAGAGGACGACUAAAGACAUUUGCUCACAUUUCUAGUACAGUAGGUUGUAUAGUUUUUCUGUUUUAACCCUAACCAUAACCAUACAGAGGUAAUACUGAAAUGUAACCCCUGAGGAUAUUGUGUCCUAGAAGUUAAGAGUUAGAGUUAAUUUUAUAAUUUUGGUGAGUGAAUGACAGCACUGAUGUUGCCUCAAUUUCGGACAAUUUGAAUGACGUUUGCAGCAGCUUCCUGAAACGAUGUAUAAGAAAGGCUGACAGGUUGUGUUGACAGGACGUUUUUCAAAAUGUCAACCUGGCCGGUCCUAAUUCUGGAGUUUAUGCUGGGCAUAUUGUCUCAUGCCUCAUCGGCCGCCAUCUCUCUGGUCUCGUUGAUGUCCUCAUAGAGAGUUGGGCUGCGAUGUCUCUUUGAAUUAAGCGGAGCUAUAGGGAGCCCCUAACUAAUGUGCCAGUCUUUGUCAAGUUUCCUCAGUCCUCAUGGCUGUUUUCCCCCUCAGAGCUUCUUCACUAACAAAACAUCAUAGCCCAGGGUAAAGAGACGAAUGUCUGAUGUAUCUCUGCCGGGAUCCCCGGCUCUCUGACAUCCAGUCCCUCCUACCAUUAUCUGCUAAUUGACAGGCCCUAUCAGCCUGCUGGUGGCCACAGCUGACAAGUGUGAGAAGGCUGAGGUGAGGUGGUAGGAAAAUGCCAGUCAUUGCAGGAUUAUCAGCACAAAGGCCAACAACAUAGCAGUAAUCUGACCUGGCUGUAGCUAGCUGGUGGGACUCACUCUCUUUCUGGUGCAGCAGAUCACACGCACACACACACACACACACACACACACACACACACACACACACACACACACACACACACACACACACACACACACCCCUUGUUGCUUCUUCUUUCUCUGCCUCCACUGUCUGAUCAUUUCAUACUCCACAAUGACAUUUAGUGAUUAAUUAAGAUAGGUGUGAGAUUGGCUGAAGACCGAUACCCCCUCCCCUUAUUGCCUCCAUAACAUGUCUGGGAAAGACAGGGUCACCCUAUGCCCCACAAUACCCACUGUACACACACACACACACACACACACACACACACACUUCAGGUCCCAUGGCUGUUGACUGUCCAGCCAGUGUGCCUGAGGCCUGCCUGCCUGCCUGUCCUGUCUGAGUCCUUCUCAGCAUUGUUAAAUUCAGCCUCAGUGUUCACGCGCUCUAUGAAAUAAAAAGAGACUUCUGGCUCAGCCCAGACUGACCAUGCUGCUCUCGCCUCCCUUUUCCCUGCCUCUGUAUGGUAAGGAGAGUGUUGGGUAAACGGACGUCAUAUCAGGUUACAUUAGGUUAUGAUAACAUUAUUAUAUUGACCAACAGUUUCUAUUUGACUGUACACUUCAAAACAAGUCGUUUCUUGUAGCACUUGAACUCUUGUUGAAAUGGACACUUAGAAUAGGCCUUGAUACUGAGAUGAUUACAGCUUACAGAUGAUUCCAAACCAUUAUUUUCUGCCAACAUAAAUCAGCUUUAGAUGUAUGAGAAUUACAUCUUGUGUAAGUCUUGAUUAAACCUUUUCCUUUUAACAAUCUCACUAGCUCUUGAUAUUGUGCUUUCUCCUUUUUCCUUUAAGACAUAAUCUUUAAAACCACUGAAAUAGAUAACCCUUAUAGUCAGUAGCCUGGUGUUCCAGCCAAGAUUUUACUGUCAACAUAGAAACUGUCCUGUUAACUUCUGAAACCUUCUCUGGCAAAGCUCACUAUCCCCACCACCGCCAUCAAAAAGUCAUUUCCCCAUACAAGUCCCACACACGGCCUAACAAUGGGAGCAGAGGAUUAGAACAGCGCUCUGUCUCAGAGAAAAGGGGGGAAAAAAUCUGUUCCAAUCACUGGAGAAGAGUCGGACUAGUUGGCCACAUUUCUUCCUCUGGAUUUUUCCAAUGAAGCGGUUUUGUUUUUAUGCUAUUAUCUCUCUUUGCCAUCAGACAGCGUGUGGCAUUGUGAUCAGAUCAUUGGAUUGUUCGUCUGCUGAAUGGUUAAAUCUGCUCUCUGAUGUGGAGGAAUCUUCAAAGUGGAGAAACCCACAGGGGGACGUUGCUAGUUGAUAAUUAAUGUAGUCAACUGCAUUGCCAAUUUUAGAUUUCCAAGAUGAGAAACUGAAACAUUUCUGCUUUGAAUCUAGCAACAAGCACUACCAAAUGUCUUACCUCAUCUUCAGAAUGCUUCCUUGGAAAACUGUUCCCACAAAAUAUGAAUUCUGGAUCUUUUUUUGAAAACCAAAAGAGAUUUAGCUCUUUAUUAACUCUUAUGUGGUUCCAGUAGAAAUUAUUCUCUAUGGUUUCGUUUUAUUGGAUUUUUAUUCGUACCCCAAUCCUUUACAUUUCCACUCAGUAAGGGACUGUACGUUAUUUAUAAUGAGGGACACCUGGAGUAAAAUAUAUUUUUAGAUAUAGAAUCGGCUUCCUAUAUCGCAACAAAGCAUCCUUCACUCAUGCUGCCAAAC